CCUCUCCGCUCACUGUCGAAGCGAACAGGAGAGUGAACGCGUUGCGGCAUCGUGUGGAUUCGAUUUGAUAUUAAACUAUAUAAAAGCACGUCAUUAGUUCCGUUUGUAGUCUCCUGGGACAUUUAUCGGUGCCAUGAAAGAAAGAAGACUCACGCAGCCUUUUGUGUCGAGGUGUAAACUGGUGCUGGUUGGUGAUGUCCAAUGCGGUAAAACAGCGAUGUUACAAGUCUUGGCCAAGGACUGCUACCCUGAGACUUAUGUCCCUACUGUGUUUGAGAACUAUACAGCCUGUCUAGAGAUUGAAGACCAGCGCGUUGAGCUCAGCCUCUGGGAUACAUCAGGUUCUCCGUACUAUGACAACGUCAGGCCCCUUUGCUACAGCGACUCCGAUGCAGUGCUCUUGUGCUUUGACAUCAGCCGACCAGACAUGGUGGACAGUGCACUGAAGAAGUGGAAAGCAGAGAUCCAGGAUUUCUGCCCCAGCACGCGGAUUUUACUAAUAGGCUGCAAGACCGACCUGCGCACGGAUGUAUGCACGCGCAUGGAGCUGUCCAACCAGAAGCAGACCCCCAUCUCCCACGAACAGGGUUUGUCACUGGCCAAGCAGCUUGGAGCAGAGACGUACCUGGAGUGCUCGGCCUUCACGUCAGAGAAGAGCAUACACAGUGUUUUUCGGACCACCGCUCUGGCCUGCAUGAACAAACUCCAGCCUCCCAAUAAGCCCAGUCCUGUCCGACGCCUCUCUAAGAGACUCCUCCAUCUGCCCAACAAGACGGACCUCCUCUCCUCUAGCUUGAGCAAGGACAAGUCCAAGAGCUGCUCCAUCAUGUGAAUGCUGCAGAAAACAUGCAAAACAAAAGAAAAGGGACAAGAGAACGGAUGCGUAUCUGGUUCAGCAGGUAGAGGGUGCACAGGGGACACAAGCUACAACGUGGAUUUAAUUAAAGUCUGUAAAGUCUCUCUGUCUCGCUCCUUUGCAGCAUCCACUAUAACUCUGUCAAUCAGACCAUCACACUCCCUUUAUUCAACAUUGACACUGAACUUUUGGUUCACGGCCUGUCACCAGCCCCAGUGCAGAGGCAGAGGGGGAAAGUGUUUAAUCUCAGAAAUAUUCCUAAUUAAUUUAAUUAUCUUGUACAAAGAGAGAAUAAAAAGCACUUUUAGGUGCGAACCUACAGUAUCAGACUUCUCUAUUACGUAUAAUAUGAUUUGUGGUGUAAAGCCUGCAUUUGAUAGCAUUUUGCUUUGAGACCCAUGAUCUCAUCAUGAAUGUCUCUUUUAAGGUCAAAACACAGAUUGAGUGGCAGAAUGAACUGAACACUCAAUGUAGGGACAUGUGUGCAUUUGCAAAGGAAAGUAGGAGGGUGACUUUGGUGCAAUGUGCCACAAAACGGACAAGAUUGGAAAUGCUGUACUAAAAACAAACACACAUCUUGGCACGUGAAGACUUGAAGGCGUGUUUUUGUCCAGUUUACCAUCAGUGUUGAUAUGUUAAUGUUGCGUCAUCUCUCUACAGCUGAAGCCACCUAAAGGAAAAGUUUUCAGUACAUGCUCCAACAGAACAGAACAGAGGUCUGAUGUGAGCUCACAAAGAUUUUUUUUCACUUUUAAUCUUGAUCACAACAGGAUGUCGGACUGUUUUCCCUUUCAUCUUAAUCUAACCAAAGUCUAACCCUACAGCCCAACCAGUGAUCCUCUGGGUUGUUUAACCAGUAGAUGGGUGUCACUGGUGUGAUGACUGGGUGUGUGGUCAGUUUGAAUCACAGUCUUGUGUGGUUAAAGACAUGUUUUCCUCCUUGUUUUUUGUUAAAAUAAUAUAAUGAAGUUAGUUUUUAACUUCCCUGUAAAAUUACUUCUUAACAUUUCCCACUUAAAAUAGUUCUUGCUGGAUGUUUUACUUGCUUGUGGCUGUCUUUGGUGUUUUUGUAGCUGUUUAUAUUGUUCUUCUGGCAUUAGUGGCUGUUGACUGCUCAGCUAAUGGAGGACUUGUUGAUUUGUGGGUUUGCACAGAGAAGCCCGGACCUCUGGAUGCAUAGAACACUACCAUUUAAUGUGUUGCCUAGCAACAGUGUGAGCAGGGCUCUUGCCUGGGAGGGAUGGAGAGGGUGUGUCACAUUUUAUCUGUAGCAUAAGACAAAUGCGACAAAGAAGGUGAUGGUUGGAGGUUUCAGGGGGCAGUGGAAUGGUUCCCCUGUGUUUUUAAAGACACAAACCUGGUAGCAGUCAUGAGGAUGUUGUGGGGAAAAACUCUUUAGUUCACUUCUCAUUCAUGCUACUCUGAACAAGCUUCAUUUAGUUCAGCACAUAUACAUAUCAAGGUUUUGGUGAAGCAAAAUGUUAACUUAAGUAUUUUUACACCACAAAGUAUAAUGAAUAUCUGUUUCACGCUACUCUGGCCGUAAGCAGUACAAGGUCACUGUAUGGAUAUAGUAUCAUUUAUCAAUCAUUUAAAAAUCUUCCAUGAUCUUUUGAGCUACUCAGUAGUGACAGAGUUGGCUGCACUGUAGGUCUGAUGAGGUCAGACUGAAAUAAAAAAGACCUCCUGCAGCAUGGUCCACUGACCCGAUCCCGUUUCUAUGAAUGCUUCCUGACACUGCUGCAGCCAGGACCUUCUAUUUUCUAUUUAUGACGUUUAAGUACUGUUUUUUUUGAGAAAUUAAAGUAAACGCUUUCAAAACUGUUCAAGACCUGCUGAUACCCUGCGUUUCUGUUCUUGGCAGAAAGAGUUGUUUUGUUGUGCAUUUCCUUCCUCCUUUAUGCUGUUUACAUGAUGUUGAAGCAAAACAAAGCAUUUGCUUGUCAAGCUGCCAGUAUGGCAUAAAUUAUUGACUGAGUUCUGUAUUUGUUACUGUCAUUUGUUAUUUUCAACUUUAAACCAUUGUUUGAAUAAAUACGUCUGAUGUUUACUUACUCAGAUUGAUUUGAA